AUGCCGGCCAACUACUCCUUUGCGGACGAGGUACCACUGCCAAAUUCCGCCGUCAAAAUACCCCGCCUCGGCUUCGGCGUCUAUCGGUCACCUUCCACACAAUGCGUGCAGUCCUGCCUUAAGGCCCUCGAAGUUGGCUACCGGCACAUUGAUACCGCUCAGUUCUAUGCAAAUGAGAAAGAGGUUGGCGACGCCAUCCGUUCCUCUGGCCUGCCCCGCAAUGAAAUUUUCGUGACUACCAAAAUCCUCAGCCCAGCGGGCUCGCCCGAGGCAACCUAUGAGAGACUGCUGGCUAGCGUCGAGAAGAUCGGUGGCCCGGACGGAUACGUUGAUCUGUUCCUGAUUCAUAGCUCCAAGUCUGGCUCGUCGGGUCGCAAGCACUUAUGGCAGGCCCUGGAGAGGCUGCUGGAGGAGGGCAAGGCUAAGAGUAUCGGUGUCAGUAACUUUGGAGUGAAGCACAUUGAAGAAAUGAAGGAGUAUGCGAAAGUCUGGCCGCCCCAUGUUAAUCAGAUCGAGCUCCAUCCUUGGUGCCAACAACGCGUGAUCGAUGCAUACUGCAAGAAGAACGGAAUCGUUGUCGAGUCUUAUGCCCCCAUUGUGCGAAACUAUAAAGCGAAUGAUCCUACACUCGUGGACUUGGCCAAGAAAUACAACAAGACGACCCAGCAGGUCCUGAUACGCUACGCGCUGCAGAAGGAAUGGGUUCCACUUCCUAAAACCGACAACCCAGACCGGAUUGCGGCUAACGCUGAUGUGUUUGAUUUCGACAUCAGCGAGGAGGACAUGGCGGUGCUUAAUGCUCUUGACCAGGGAAGCAGUGGCGCUAUUGUCGAGGCCGUCGAGAACGAGUAG